AAGAUUCGGCAAAAUUCUACGUAUUUAUUUCUUAACAAAGAUAUUACGCCCGAAUACGAAAACAUCUAUUAUAGUAAAAAUUGAUAUUUAUGUUCAUUAAAGUUGGAUUGAUAAUAUUAAUGCUUAUCGUAGUUAUUUUAAAUUUGUUGGCAAAUGAAACACACUAUUGCUAGAGAUCAAAACAAAGUCGUAGUUUUUAGCCGUAACACUUAGUUUACUUAGUUAUUAUUAAAAGUUUGACGGGAAAUAUACCAUGGAGACGAAAUUACUUUACUCGUCAUGCUUGGCUUUAAUUUAAACUAUAAGUUUAAGUGUUGAAAUAUUAUAUAUAUUUUCUAACUUUUAUUUUACCGUACAAAUCAAAGAUGAAUAAAAAAGAAGACGUUUUUAAGCCAUUUACUGGAAAUAAAAACGAAGGUAAACAUUUUUUAUUCAUAAUUUACAAUUUUACUUCAGAUCAGAUAGUCUGAGACUGAGAGAUAGUGAGAUAGUAUUAUAAUUAUAAGAUAAGAUAGUAUUAAAUAUUAUUAUAUUAGUCUAGUCCUUAGUGAAUUAUUACUUAAUCUUUAGUAAUUUAGAUACUUUUUUGUUUGUUACUUGGACUUCAUAAUUCAUUCAUAUUGAUUCAUUAUCAUGAUAAUCAUUAAAUAUAGUUCAUACUGACUGAUUCAUACUUAUCAAUUUUAGUUGAGAUUUAGAUUUGACUAGAUUGAUUAAUGAAAUGAAACCAUCUAUGAGUUAUGACAUAAUUCAAUUUUCAAUUUUAAUAUCAUCAUAAUCAAUUAUAAUUAUUAAUUAGGCCGGCACUACGUGCACUGCAGCGGUGUACCUAGCUAAAUCAUUGGCUGUGGCCUGCGUACACAGCAGCGAUUUAAUCAGCAAAACAAUGGACAUGGACUCGCUACUCUUACUCUUAGCGAGUCUUUAACUUUUUCAAACAUUUUGGCCUAACCGGUACUUGUAGUUUUUAUGUUAUACUCUUGUUAAAACUGAGAAUUAUGUAUUUAAAAAUCAUUUAAUACCAUUGGAAGGAAGAUAUUGGGUAAGUUCCACACUUUUUUGGUAAAGUAAGUAAAGAGCAAAGCAUUUCUUAGCAUUUAUUGGUAAAAAGGGGGGGAGGGUAAUGUUAAACCAUGAUUUAUUUUUAAAGUUAACCAAUUUAUUUUCCCCCCAUAUACUGAAAUACAAAUAUAUUUAUCAAUUAUUGUAAGUUUUAUCCUAGGAUUGUGAAUUUUAGGGCCUAAAAACGGUAGCUAAUUGGAAUUCAAUUUUUCCCCCCACUAGUUUGUUUUCAUUUUUUCUUCUUUUUUGGGGGGGUGAGGGCAUUAUAAUUAUAAUGUUGUAUGUGAUCCCUCAAGGUGUGGUGUAAAAUUGAAUAGGAAGCCAGUGUACAUAUUUUAUUUACUCCAAGAUAUAAUUACGCCACAAAUACGUUGCCAGCAGAGAACAACGUACAUCGAUCUUGAAGUUAAAGUUGUCAGAGGCUAACCAUUGUCAUUGUGAUGUCAAGCGAUUGUCAACACAAAACAACAACAUGAUGAUAAUUACAAACACUGCAGUGAUUUUUUAAAAUCUUUUAACAAUAAUUAAAUUUCAUUGAUUUCACAGAUUUUUAGGUUAAAAUAGGCCUUUUUGGAUAAAUUAGAAUGUCAGAAAUUCAGGAUAAUUAUUAAAUGUACGUUCUUUCUGCCGAACCCUCCUCCCCUCCCCCAACCGCUAUACGCAGCAGAAUGCAAAAUGUCCAAAAUAAACAGCCUGCUCCUCCCCCAUAGUGCAUAAUUAAUACAUUGAUGGAACUAUGUAUCAUAUUGAUUUUAGAAAUUUAAAUGUAUUGACUCUCAUUAUAAUACUUUUAUUUCCUGGCAUUAUACAUGAGUAAAAAAUCCCGGCAAACAUCAGCAACCCCCUCUCCCGUGUUGGGUGGGCGGGCGGGUAUGCGAAAGGUAAGUUUGUUGUGUGGACAUCCUUUGUGGACAACCCCUAUCCAGAGCCGUGACUUGUGUAGGCCCCCUUUUUGGUUUUGUGCCCCCUGUUGAGCCUCUGCCCAUAACUCACCCCAUCCCCCGGUACGUUGUUUUACCCUGAGAAUAGCUCAUGCCAUGCCAUUCUGGAAACAAUUCCAUCAUGAACAGGGUAAGCGUAGACCUAUGGCUUUGCUAUACAGUUUGCUACGGCGCUUUAAAUUUUCAAAAUUGUGUUUUCAAAAGAUUUGUUGUAAGACCGAGGGUUGCGAAUUAACCGUGGAUAUCAUGUGUAAAUUUGGCCAAUGCAUAGUGAAAGCAAGAUGGUUGAAAUGACGACCAUGCACAUUAAUAUUCAUAUGAUAUACUGGCAUUUUCUUUGGAUGUUCGUUCAUAUGUUAAUAGAUUCGUGAAAAUCUGUGGUCUACAUCAUGGCGACAUGUACAUUUUACAUGUAAAAGUAAAAUGUAAAUAUUCAACUACAUGAAGAAUAUUGAAAUAAAAUAAAAUAUUGCAUAGUAUUCAAAAUGUUUGUUAUACUGUUUCAUACACAAUACAUGCGCUUUCAGUUUGUUUUUUCUGGUUUCCUUUUUAUCAGUAUUUUCAAAGUCAAAGGACGGCACAACGUGUUGAAGUUUAAACUUAAAUACUUAAUAAGCGGAAUAUAACAUAUAUUUAAAAUUUUUAAAUUGCUAAAAAAUAUUUUUAAAAUUUUCAUGCAACUACUGUUGCAAAUGAACGUAAUAAUUUAAAAAUAAAAUAUAAAUGCUUGAAAUUAGUUUUUGUAGUGUUGCGUUUGUUUUAAAUGUGGUAAAUUAUAUAUAUUUUUUUUUUUACUCUGUACCGCGCUUCGAGCCUUUAGGGAUGUAGCGUGUUUUUUUAAAAUACACUUUAUUAUUAUUAUUAUAAUUUUAAAAUGGAAAAAAAGAUAUCUAAAAACUCGAUCCCCUUCUAGGAAUAUAACACCAAAUAAAAUAUCGCCUAGCUUCCACUCUACCACAAAACCACUCAAGAUCUUAUCUAACAGGCAUAUCUUAAAACCAUGCCAAUGGUACAUUUUUGCUGCAUUUUACGCAUUGUCCAUGGUUUUGCUAGGUACACCGCCACAGUGUACACAGGCCUAGGUCCAUGGUUUUGCUAGGUACACCGCCACAGUGUACACAGGCCUAGGUCCAUGGUUUUGCUAGGUAUACCGCCGCGGUGCUCACAGCCACUUCGUAUUAAUUAUCAUUCAUUUAAUUUUAAUCAUUAAGUUACUAACAGUUAAUUCAUUCAUUUGAGGAUUUUAUUACUUUGGCCUAAAUUUUAGUUUCAUUACCAAUUACUAGUGUAAAGUCAAAGUAAAAAAAAAGUAUUUUUUAGAGUUGUUAGGAUAGGCAUUUUUAAGUUAUUCUGAUGACUAAGUAUAGUAUAGUGAUCAUACUAAUCAUAGUUAAUUUUUAGUACCAUAGUAUCAUAGUAGUCUUGUACUCAGUAGUAGUAAUAAUAUACAUAUUUUUUACCAUUUAAAUUAAUUGCGCCCUUGCCACGUUUUGAUCCUCCUCCUGCAUUUAUAAUUUAUUGAUUCAAAAUUGAUAUUUAAAGCUAAGUAUUUUUUCAAAUCAAAAGUUAGGCUUAGGCCACAGGGAUUUUAAGGCCCACAUCAUGCCCAAUGAUGGCUCUGGAAGCAGGAAGCUAAUAAACUUACUUAAGUCUAAAUGAAUUGUCAAAAAGACAUUUUUUAUAGACAUUAUUAUUGACGAGUUAUAUAGCCAGAUCAGAAAUGACAGUGUCGUCGCCACCUUUGAUGACAAUCUGUCUCUAUCCUUUUUUUCAAGUCCAAAUGGGUUUUUCCAUACCUUGUUUUAAUAUUUAUGUAAACUGUAGCGUAGAUUGUGUGAAUUUAACCAGCGCUAUUUUUUAAUAUUUAAAAUAAAAAGCCCCAGGCUGUUUUUGUGAAGAAAGAUUACAAAAUUUACAUUAUUAAUUUUUUCUGAGAUUCAAACUCCAGGAAAAUUAAUAGAGUUUAAUAAUUUAAUCAUUCAAUUAAUUGCAAUUUUAAUAUAACACAUGGGUUGGUUUUACUUUGAGAGAGCAGAGGUUGAGUGAACGGAGGUGAGGUAUCAUCAAUACAGGGAUAAAGUUUCCUGAUAUGAAAACAGGUGGUUGAUUUUUCUUGAUAUAAUAUGGCUGGUUUUUUUCAAUGACCUGUUGUUGAACAAUGGUAUAAAACAAUCAUAAAAUGGUUAAGCUUUAAUUGGGUACUGGUACCGACAAAUAUUAUUAAUUUUUGAUAGCCAAUUAAUGAGCCAUUUUUAAUUGACAAAUAUGGUGUGUGUUAUUGUAAUACAAUUAAAAACUGCAGUACGCCAUCACCAAUACAGAGUAAAACGGUUUGAAUUUCCUAUCCUAAAAAUAGGGAAACAGGUGGAUACACAGGGCCUAAUUAAUGAGAAGUGGCUUAAAAUAUGUCAACAAAAUAUAAUUACCCCCUUGUAAUGAUUUUGAAAAGUUUGAAAAAUCUUGAUUACUAGUGAAGAAUCAGGAUCAAUAUUGACAAUGUCAUGAGCUAGUCUGUUGUCACAGUUGUAGAACCAAGCAAUAUGUAUGUUCUGACAAUUAAUUAAGAAAUUCAAAAAAUGUGAAAGAAAACUAUUUCAACAUGGAACCAAAGAAACUUUUUAGAAUUUAAUCUCAGUAGGCCAUAUUAUUAAGGCUACUUGGUGUCUCCUGUGCAAAUCAGUAUGGGGAUACAUAAAAAAUCGUUGUAUCCAGCCCAAAUGUCCUGGCACUGUGAUAAUUUUUAGUAAUAUACAUAGAGUUUGAGUCCAUUCUGUAUGCUAAUGAAUCAUUAAAUUAAACAGGACCAAUAUAAUAUAAGACUGAUUUUGAAAUCUGACUACUAAAUGCUUAAGAAAGAUCAAAACAAUGGCAAUACAGUUCACUGUGUUUCGUAAAUGGAAGCAUAAACAAUGUAACUAAUUACAACACAAAAAAGUAUUUUCAAAAUUUAAAAAGAUUACCAUCUCAUGGUGAAAUAAACUUUGAAGUCACCAAUGGGGAGACACUUUAAUUUUACUGCAUAACAGAAUGCUGACUUAUUCUUUAAAAAAAUUUCAACUGUAAUUAUUUUCUUGAUCUUAUUGAAAUUUUACUUAGUCUUGUUAAUAUCAAAACGAAACAAACAAACAAAUAGUUUAUAAGACAAAAAUACAUUUCAGGACAAGGUUUUGCAGACAAAAGAAAAAGGAAAGCAGCAUAUGAGUAUAUGAAAUUGCUGAAAAAGGAGAAACGUCAGCAUGUUGGAGGAGAUGCCCCUAAACACAAGCCUAUAGCAUUAUUACACCCGAUUAAAAGGUAAAACACACAUCUUAGAAUUUAUGGAUGUUCUAAUCAAUGUUUACAGCAUUUCUUUUAAGCCACAGGAAAGAUAAUUGUAGACAUUAAGUCAGUAAGUGUAUCUUUACAUAAAAGUUAAGUUAAAAGAUCUUUUGCUGUGCAUCUUCUUCCACUUUGCCUGGGGGGAUUGCAGAUUUAACAUCCCGCUAGUAAGAUUAGGAUAGAAAACAGGUUAUUAUGUGCAAAUACUAAUAACAUACUUAUGCAUUUCAUUUUAAGCAUUGGUUUCUUAUCUUAUUUAUAGUUAUUAUGAUAUAUGUAAUUAAUUAAGCCUUUGAGAUUUUCUUUCGCAUGAAAGGCCAAAUUUAAUAUAUUAUAUACCGGUAUUGAUAAUUGUUAUGUAGACAUCUUGCUAACAUCCUGAAUCCUGUGAAUAAACUUUGGGUGACCCCUAGUUUGGCAAGACAAUGGGCAUGGCCUAAUUAUGAAUUGUCUCCCUUGACUACAUGUAAACACAACCUAUAAUCGAAUUCUAUAGAAUUUACGAAAUGGCCCAAGGUACAGAUAUAAUGGGUGUGGACUCUUUCUUGAAAAGUCUAUUAAAGUAGAUUGACAAAAAGGAGCGGUAGAGCUAGAUGAAGACCGCAAGACAAAGAGAGUGAGAUUGCGAUUAUGAUAGGAGUUGAGAGCCAGACAUACUGACAUUCUGUACUGAUCGUAGAUUUAUAUAUUCUAUUUGUUAUAUGUUUGCGCACCUUCCCAACAUUGUACCGGUACCAGUUAAUUGCUGUACUGUAAGUGAAUAGCCUUAGUUUUAUUCUAUUUGAUUUUUUUUAUUGUAAACUUAACUUAAUGAAUUAUUAUUUGUAAUUAGCACUAGUUUGGGUAUCAUUCUUUAUUACUAUAUUUAAUUAAUGGUAUCAUUCUUUGUUAUGUACUGUUUGUCAAGAGCCAUAGAGUCAAGUAAUACAUUAAAUUCUCAACACAUUAUAACGGCAGGUAACAAUAAUAUAUAUACAACAUUUUUGGCUAUCCCCUUUCCAGAGUUGUUUUUCUAGAUAUUUCCAAAAUCCUUGUUUUUAUAGACAUUUCUACAACCCAUUUUUUUCUGUGGAGUGUUUUUUCUCUUGAUAACUAUGAAAUCUUUCUCUAGGUGACAAGCUUUGCCAAAUAAGAAAUUAUUUGAAGUUUACAAAAAAAUUGCAAUUAAUUGUUAGCUUCUAAAUUUAGCGUACUGUUAAUGAUGAGACUCAUCAUGUGCAAACACUCUUGUAUGUCUUUUGAAAAGUUUUCCUUUAAACUGUGUUUUAAAAACUGUUAAACUGGUGAUUGUGAUGUACCGGUAAUAAAGAUUUUAAGUACUAAAUAAAUCACAUCAAAAGGAAACAUUUCUAGUCAUUAAACACAUGUUUGUAGGAGUAAGAGGGUGGGGAAAAUUUCAGCAGUCAUCAACAUCAGUUUGUUUUGUUUUCUAGUUACAGGUGAUAUGUAAGCUCAAAAUUAGUUUGUUUAGCCGGUUUUUAUUUUAAUUGACAUUUGAGACUGGUUUGUUUGUCUUGGUUAUACUUUUUAGAACCCAUAUACUUUAGGUUCUCAAAAUUUCAGAAAGGUUAAAGUUUGUACACGGCUUAUUUUCAUUAUAAAUUUUGAUGUCCCUGUCAAGCGUAUGAGACUUAUUACUGUGGUUGGUUUGAGAUUGUUGUCACCCUGAGUUGUGAGCGUUGGGGGUAUUAUUCUGACUAAUUGUGAGUGGAUGAAAGGAAACGCAUAAUAAAAAAGUGUGUGGGAUAAAAGGUGUGUGAGGUCGGGAGGAGAGGGAGUUGAGUUUUCAUUGUACAGAGAUGGCAGUUAUUUCACGUUGAGUUCAUGUCAGGUUGAUGUAUAGUAGUUCUAGUUGAUAUACAGUAACACAGAAGAGUGUGCGGUUAGUUCAGUUAAUUCCAAAGACACGUGCUGGGUGUUGACAGUUUCUCUGCUCGUCAAGUGGUGUGGUGAUACACCUUGGCAGAGGAUGAGACUAAAGAAGAACUAUUGUUGUGUGAAGUGUUGCUGUCGUCAUUAUUCAGAAGUGUUGGCGUAAUGAGUUUUUUAACAGUGUAGUUGACCCUAGACAAUGGUGCCACAAGUACUGGAAUUUGAACGGGUCGGUCAAGAAGACCGGUACAAGUAUUUCGACAGUACCAGUGCGACAUUUUGCAUGCAACGUAAUCUCACAGUACCUUUUGAUGUAUUAAGUAUUACGUUUUGACUAGCAAAUAUGGUUCCCUUUUCCUAAUUUCUUUGUCAAUAAAAUUCACACACUCAAAAAAAAAAUCUCAGUAAGUAAUGGAAUAUUGCUUACCCUAAAACCCACAUCAAACAAAAGAGACAACUUUAGGAACACAUUUCAUUUUCGCAAUUGCCAACCCUUUAAAAGUGGUUGUUGAACUUUAAACCAAGAAAAGCUUUUAACAAUUCAUGCAAUAGAAUGCCUUUGGAAUGAAUGAAGAGAUAUUGAGAGCUACCUGAACAUGGUUGUGGAGUUGCAAUUUAAUUUCUUUAAAUCUUCAUCUGAUCUAAAAGUGGCUGCCUGAAAAGUAGUUGUUUUUUUUUUCACAUUAUAUGUUCUUCCUUUCUAUUUCAGAACUCCAGACCAGGGGAAAAAACGACAUGCAUUCAGUACGGCUGAGAAGAUAGCAAGAAAAAAACAGGAAGAGAAAGAGACAAAGAAAAAGGUGUGUCUUGCUCAUUUUAAAAGGAAUAAAAUAAAUAUUUAGCCUAGCGGUCAAUCUCUUUGUUAUGAGUCCAUCUCUUUGUUACGACACUGGCUGAGAAAAAUAAUCACACAUCUUGUAUAACUUUUUAUAUAGAUUUUCAAAUGUCACAAGCUGGAAAACUUUGGACUCCUUUUAAGACAUUUUUAUUACACUUAUGGUUUGGUUAUCUUUCCUGAGUAUCUCAAAAUGUUUUCUAUGUUAUUUUAAUUAAAGCUAAGCUAUAACAUUAAAUUACACUAAUUGUUUGUGUCCUAUGAAAACAUUACUAGGAGUCUAGGAAGCACAACCAAUUAUCACCCUUAUUUAUAUUUGGUUACCGGUACUUUAAAGUUUGAUGGCAUUUGUAGAUUUCUCGAGCAAUAGCAGUUUCAGGUCUAAAUUGCUACUUCCUUUCAAAUAUUUAUUAUUGUGUGACUUCUUAUCAAAACUUUAUUUUAUGACUUACUAUCAAAUCUUUCUUUUGUGACUUCUUAUCAAAAAACUUUAUUAUAUGACUUCCUAUCAAAACUUUGUUUUGUGACUUCCCGCACCAGCGGAGCAUUUGUAACCAGUCAAUAUAAGUGUUCUAGGUAAUGUUGGUUAAGAAUCACGGCUUAAAAUUCAGCACAGCUGGAUCUUAUAAAAAUAUGUUAUUUUGUUAUACUUAUUAAAGGCUGAAGCUUUUAAUCGUGGAAGUGUGUCUAUCAAUAUCUUGAAUUAAAAUUUUCUUGAAUAAGGAUUUCAAUGAUGGAAUGGUAAAUUUGAAUUUGCAGUUUCUUAGAAUGCAUUCUGUUUUACAGGAAGCUGAAAGACUUGCAAGAGAAAAAGCUGCAGCAUUGACAUCAUACAAAGAUAGAAAAAAACAGCGACAUCUAAAACUUUGCAAGCGAACUAGUAAAGGUCAGCCAGUGAUGAAAUAUCAGAUGGAAGUUUUGUUAGAGAAAAUACAGAGCAGGCGAAAUGAAAAGAAAGUCACAUGAGACACAGUGGAUCUUCAGGAAGGAGUUCGAUGUAUAUUUUGUAAUAAAAUAAUGUCACAAAGACAUUGAUCAAGUUGUUCCUGUUUGUAGUUGUAUUUCGUACACACAUUGCAAAGCAAUUUCAUGCCAUUGAUUCUGGAAGCGAUGGUGUAAGAAAUGGAUAAAAACUGUGUCAUUAUGUAAAUAUUAUGAAGAUAUUGUUUGCGAAAUGCUACUUCAAAUCAAAAAAAAAAAUAAUAUGAGCCAGAGGCUACCAAGCUUGGGUGAGGUUAAGUUGACGUGAUGCUUAGUUGGUGUGUUAGGAGAUUGUUUGGUGAGGGUGGUUGCAGAUUUGCAUUUCAUUCUAUAAUGGAUGCUUCCUUUGAAUCCAGUCAAACAAAAAGUCACAGAAUGAACUACUAAGAAAGACAUGUAGAAAUAAAACAUGGCUUUGAAUCUGUUUGAAAAUCCAUUUAUUGAAUCUUAAUUUCCAUUAGUCAAACAAUAAUUUGUUACUCAAAUAUUAAAUAAUGGGGUUCUUUUUAUUAUGCUAUAACUAGGCACAUGAUAAGAACUGUAUAUACACAGAAACUGGAUAUUGGGGACCUAGAUUAUAACAUAGGUGUAUGUUCACCACUGUAAUCUACAAUGGUUUUGAUAAUACUGGGACAGGAAAAUAAAUAAUUCAUUACUUUUUUUCAAACUACUCUUGAAUCUUACACCAUUUUAAAAAAUCUCAUCUUCCUGAUUUCAGAUACAGUUACAAUAUGACAAAAAUGUUGAAAUAAUAAAAAGUGUAAGACCAAACUACUGCCAAAUAUUUUUUUUUUUAAAUUCUUAUUUGACUAAAACUAAUAAAAUACUAUGACAACUGGAAAAGUUUAGUUCCAUUAAAGGUAAUUGAAAAUAAUAAUAGUACUGGUAUUGAACUGCGUUUUUAACAUGGUCGUAAAUUGAACUCUAAAUGAAAAAGCGAUUCCUCUUGUCAUAGAUUAAGAUGGAGAUCGAUUUUAAGUUGUAGGUUUUUAAUUUUAUGUACAAAAAUAUAAUGUAAUGGCAAGAUAUGCUAACAUAUGCACUUAUUCACUCUAUGUAAACAGUCUCACUUAUUGACGCUGUGUUAACAGUUACACUUAUUCACUCAGACAGAAAGUUUCCAUAGAAAAAAAUUCAAAUUAAUAAUAAUAGAUAUACAUUUUAUCACACUACACAUACCAGUUUAUAGAGAAAUAGAUAGUUAUUUUAUUGUAAUACUAAAUACCUGCAUAUUUUGUGUAUCUUUAAUUUUAUCUAUAUGUAUCAGGGCAUGAAUUAAGUGUACUGUAUUAACUGUAAUGAAUUAAUGCAUCUCAGAAAAAUGUAUUUGCAUACAUACAUUCAAAUAUAUAUAUAUAUAAUUAAUAUAUAUAUAUAUUAAAUUGGAUUUUAUAUAGCUAUUAAACUAAUAAUUAAAAUAUAAUACAAUUAUUUAAUUGAUCCAAAUAAAUAAAGAUGUGAAUUGGUUACAUUGUAGAUGAUCAUUUCCAGCAUAGGGUUAAACAUUCUGAUUAAGAUAACAAUUUUUAAACUAGAGAAAUUUGACACAUGAGACAUAUAUUAAAUUAUUUCUCAAGAGCAAAAAAUAGCCAUCAUUUAUUAUCAAACCUCAAUUCCUUAAUAAAAAAUAUUGACUUUUAUUUAUAACAACUGGUAAAGCAGACUGUUAAAUCCCGACAGACUCGGAAACAAAUAUUUAUCUGUAUCUUGUUCUCCUUAUUGUGAGAGAGAAUUAUUUAUUUCCAGUUCAAUGGCACUGACUAGCAAGCAAACAAAGAAGUUUAAUCAAAGCUAAACAAAAAAUAAAUAUUGAUGAUUUCAUCAUCAUGAAGGCCAAGAAUAUCUAUUUAGUUUAAAUUUAAAAUUGUUACUUUAAAUCUUUAGUGUUGUUUAGAAUAGUAGAAAUAGAG